AUCAAUGAACCGGGCUGGAAUGAAAACCGGGUACCGAAAACCUGAGGAUUUCAUAAAACCAAACGGUUCAAAAUGUGACGACAGACAACGUCACAUCAUUACAUACGUGUGCAAAUAUACGGAAGAUGCACUCACUACCAAAGACAUUUCAUUUUACAGAGACAGCUAAGUAGUGGUAUAUAAAGAAGCCGAUUAUCAAUUAGCAGAUCCGCCAUUGAUAGAUACCUCAACAGCAGCAACAACAACAAGAUAUUGUUUUUCAAAUUCCAACCCUACACCCUCCAUCAACCCAAGCCCUGAGAGGCCGAGACUCCAAUUCUUCAUGUAUGAAUACAAAGAAGGCUCACGAAUAAUGGGGUCCGCAUGCUUGAGGAGCGAGAUGAUGAUACGGGAGUUAACAGAGCCUGGUUGUUACUCAAAGCCCUUAGUGGCUGUCAAUCUUGCUCUUGCUUUUCUCGAUGUCGCUAUUGCCCUCCUUGCAUUUUACCAGUUGAUGCGAAUUCAUUCUAGGAAUCCACAGAGAGGUUGGACUCGACAAAAAGUGUUUCAUCUAAUGAUUGGUUUUUCCAACAUUGGUUAUGGUGUUUAUUUUAUAUUAACUCUUAUUGCUGCUUGUAAGAAGUGGAUCUGUUGGUCAAAUUCAUGUGGUUUUGUUGUUAUGGCAUUGCCCAAGAUUCUAUUUCUUGCAGCUUUUCUUCUUCUUCUAUCUUUCUGGGUUGACCUUUGUCAUCAAGCAAAUGAUGAAGAUGAAGAUGAAUCAGAAGGUAGCUUUCAUGAAGCUUUGGUAGAGAAAGUAAAUAAGCCGAAUUUGAAGGUUAUUAAUUACACUCGUAGAAGAUGUUGCAAUAUUAGAGUCUUCCCUGUUGGCAUCCGUCAACAAAUUGUCAUAUUGGUGACUUUGUUGAUACUUGUGUUAAUGCUGACGUCAGCUGUGCUUAUUUGGAUUGGCCUUGGAAAGAAUCCUAUUGAUUCUUCGGUUGUUGCACGGGUGUAUGUAGAUACUUUUGCUGUUGUAAUGCUUGUCCUAGGUGGCGCAUUAGCAUACUAUGGAUAUGUGCUGGUAUCAAAAAUGAGUAAAGUGAGAUCUGAGAGGGCUUCUUCCGAAAUAUGGAAGGUUGCUGGACUUGCGAUAGUUUCUGCUGUUUGUUUCACCUCAAGUUCAGCUGUUGCUAUAUUUACAAAUAUACCCGUUCUCUAUCAUUGUGAUUGGGGAGGAAUCGGAGGCCUCUAUGCUUCUCUUUUACUCAUUGUCUAUUACUUUAUAGGUUCAUCCAUACCUUCGGGUUUUGUGUUGUGGGUGAUGAGAGAAUUGCCACCUUUGGUUGUGGUUAAUGUUCCGGAAGAAUCUAGAACACUUGCUUAUGUAAGUGACUAUUCGGUUACUACAACACAAACACAACAUUGGACUAGUAUUACAACUGCACAAAAUCAGUGUAAGGAUCAAGGGCAAGUCCGAUAUGACUGCAGUUGAUUAAACGAUAUUUAACAACUUACUAGGUCAAGUCGAGUCAACAAAGGUGAAAAGUGGAGGGAUUUUUGAUAGUUUAGGCUUUUUGUAUAUAUAAAUACAAUCUCUCUUUUUUUUUUCUUUGAUAUGUUUUUUUUUUCUGUUACAACAUUAUACUGUUUUAUGUGUUUAUUAAAUUAUUAUAUUUUAUAAUGUUGUACUUUAAUUUCUUUUCGUA